UUGCAGGAACGAAUGCAGCCAAAACCCAGGGCCAAUGGAACAGCUGUUGCUGAGUUCAUCCUGCUGGGUUUGGUGGAGACGCCAGGGCUGCGGCCAGCUGUCUUUGUACUCUUCCUCUUUGCCUACCUUGUCACUGUUGGGGGCAACCUCAGCAUCCUGGCAGCCAUCUUGGUGGAGCCCAGACUCCACACCCCCAUGUACUUCUUCCUGGGGAACCUAUCAGUGCUGGACAUUGGGUGCAUCACCGUCACCAUUCCCUCGAUGCUGGGUCAUCUCUUGUCCCACAAGCACACAGUUCCCUAUGCAGCCUGCCUCACACAGCUCUUCUUCUUCCACCUCCUGGUUGGAGUGGACUGCUUCUUGUUGACAGCCAUGGCCUAUGACCGAUUCCUGGCCAUCUGCCGACCCCUCACUUACAGCACCCGCAUGAGCCAGACAGUCCAAAGGAUACUGGUGGCUGUGUCCUGGGCUUGUGCCUUCUCAAAUGCACUGACCCACACUGUAGCCAUAUCCACACUCAACUUCUGUGGUCCCAAUGUAAUCAACCACUUCUACUGUGACCUCCCACAGCUCUUCCAGCUCUCCUGCUCCAGCACCCAGCUCAACGAGCUGCUGCUCUUUGGCGUGGGUUUCAUAAUGGCAGGUACCCCCCUGGCUCUUGUUGUCACCUCCUACAUCCAUGUGGCUGCUGCGGUUCUAGGAAUUCGCUCAGUGGAAGGCAGGAAGAAAGCCUUCUCCACGUGUGGCUCCCAUCUCACUGUGGUUACCAUAUUCUAUGGUUCAGGUAUCUUUAACUACAUGCGACUAGGUUCAGCCAAGCUUUCAGAUAAGGAUAAAGCUGUUGGAAUUUUUAACACUGUAGCCAACCCCAUGCUGAAUCCAAUCAUCUACAGCCUCAGGAACCCUGAUGUUCAGGGUGCCCUCCGGCGGGUGAUCAAGGGGAGGUGGUCACUGGAGUGAUGAGGUCUUGUGUCAAUUUCUCCCUUUCUCUUUUUGGACUAAAGGAAAAAUUCUCUGGGGCCAGUAAUUGGGACAAAUGGUUCAGAACCUUCUCUAUCUUCCUGAGCUUUUGGAUUUUUUUUUUUUUUUUUUGGUUGGGGAUAAUGUGCAUAGGAGCCCUACCCAAUAUAGGCAAUGGACAGGUAGGUUCUGCCUGGUCUGUCUCCUUGACAAAUUACAACUUAAGUCACUGUACGCUCCUUUUCUGGGUGGAAGUGAAACCCAGGAAGCCUUGAAUGCCUUCAGGUGCA